AUGGCAAAGGACAAGACAUCAUCAACAUCGGUCGUGGAGAAGAAGUCGACUACUUCUAAGAAAUCAGCGGUGGCUGCAGUGCCAGAGGUGGUCGUGGAUAAGAAGAAGACUACUACCACAACAAAGAAGGUUGCUGCUGCUGCUACCACUGUGAAGGCUGCGACAACAUCAUCAGACAAGAAGAUCAGCAAGAAUGUAGAGACAAAGAAAGUUGAAGAUGUGAGCGAUGCUAUUGUUGCGACUGAUUCAGAGUCAGCAUGGAAGAACAUGGAUAUUACAUCCGGUGGAAGCUUCAUUGAUGUCCAUCCGAUACUCGCUAGCAGCACUGAUCUGCUGGUGGCAUGCCUCAACAAGAUAUACGUAUAUAAUCCACAGACUGGACAGGUGAAGAAGCAGAUCAUCUUAAAGUCAUUCAUUUCGGCAAUGUGUCUGUCAAAGAAGCAGAAGAAUGUAGUGUUGGUCAGCACUGUUGGAUCACUCUUGCAGAUUGAAUUCGAUAGCAGCAGCAGCAACAAGACAGAGUCUUCAAAGGGAACAUCAACAACAGCAUCAUCAUCAACAAGUAGCGAACAACAAUAUACAAAGCCAUUGAAAGAUCCAAUCUCGUUGGCAACUGAGAUCAUUGUACAUAUGAUCGUCGAUCCCUCCAAUCACGACCAGCUGUACUACUCGACACCAACGGGUGUGUUUAGAAUCGACUUAUCGCAGACACAGCAGCCAGCCACGCGUCUGAUGUUCAUCAGCUACCCACGCGGCAUGGUGCUCAGCGACACUGGCCGCUUGCUGGCCGUGCACUCUAACAAUGUGAACAUCCAGAUCAUCAAUUUGCAGUCGGGCCUCGAGAAGGUGUGGACCAGCGAGUCGGUCGUCACGUCGAUGGCGUUCAGUCCACGCCAGUCGAUCCUGUCGUACGGCACAACGACGGGUCGCAUCAACCACCUGUCGAUCAACGCGCAGUCCAUGAAGCUCAGCAUCACUGGCUACGAUCAUUGGCAUCCAACGCCCGUGACCGCGCUGCAGUACUCGUCCGAGGGCAACCUGUUGUUCUCUGGAGGUUUCGAGUCGUCGUUGGUCGUCUGGACGACUGCCACCAUGCGUCGCAACUUUUUGCCACGUCUGGGAGGUGCCAUCAACUCGGUGUCGGUCGACCCAGACACUGGAUACGUCGCCGUCGCGCUCAAGACCAACUGCAUCAAGGUGGUCAAUGUCAGCGACUUGUCGCUCUCACAGUCGAUCAUUGGAGUGCGCUUUGGCUCCAACACACGCAGCCUCACAGGCCUCCAGGCCCACCCGCUCACACGCACUAUCGCCAUGAACGGCACAGACGGCACCAUUCAAUUCUACGACGCCCGCCAGAACCGUGUGUCUUCGGAGCUGAUCGUGUCGCCACCCGCCAACACGUCUAUCUCCACCAAGCAGGCCAAGACCAAGCUGAAGCAGUUCGACGGCAGCAACCCAUUCGACGUGCAGAACUCCCAGGUCACGCGUCUUGCCUUCCAUCCUCGCUUCAACUACCUGGCCACAUUUGAGGAGCGUCCCGGCACUCAAAACAUGCAGGCCAACCUCAUUGUAAAGGAUCAGAUCCUCAAGUUCUGGAAGCCCACCUCAGAGAGCAACGUUAUCUCGCCCUCGGACAGCCUGUAUGAGUGCUCCUUCUCGGUGACCACCCCUCACAAGUCCCCAAUCCAGUCGAUGGCAUUCCACCCCAAGCUGGCGCUGCUGCUCACCGGCUCCAGCACCGACUUUAAGAUGUGGCAGAAGAAGGAUGACAUGUGGUCCUGCGUGUUCACUGGUCAAUACCGUAGCCUGCCCGCCACCGCCGCCGCAUUCUCCCACGAUGGAAGCGUGUUUGCCAUCUCUGCCGGCCACCUGGUCACCGUGUGGCAACUGGAAGGCUUCAAGAUGCUCACGAUCCUGGCACACACCACCGUAUCAUUGGUUCGCUCCCUGCACUUCCUGGCCGACGCCACACAGCUGCUGGCCAACUACGAGUCCUGCAUGGCCGUGUGGGACCUGACCCGCGUCGCCCCCAUCCUGGCCAUUGACGGCCCACUCGACUCACUGGCCGUCUCUCCAGAUGGCGAUCGCAUUGCCAUCUCUGGAUCGUUGAGCAACGAUGCCAACGGCAACACAAACUACAUCAGCAUCCUCAACACUCACAGCGCAGGCGAGAACACUGACUCGCUGUUCACAUGCGAGCACGUCGUGAUGUUCCAAUCGCCAGUCAAGAACCUCUUGUUUGCUGAUGAGCCACACCAACAGUGCCUCUACUACACCCCACACAACCACUUCAUCUGCGGCCUGUCGAUCGCCACCGACGGCGACGCAAGCAAGUCAGCGGCAGCGGCCAUCAGAUUGAACCCCAACAAGUACAGCGAGAAGAUGGGCAAGAACAAGAUGCUCAAGAACCACAACAGAAACACCAAGCAGCAGCUGGCCGAUAUGCAAGAGAUGACCGAGAAACUGAAGCAGACCCAGGCCCAGAAGGAGUUGGAGAAGGAGGCUGCCAAGAUCGUCCAAGCCGAGAUGGACAUGGAUCACAUGCCCAGUGUACAGCAGGUUGGAUCGGCGCCCACCAACAUCUUCAACGCUGCAUCACAUAUUAUCCCUGGCGUCCAGUCGAUCUAUCAAACGUUCAUGGACUCGAUGUUGACCACUCAGGCACCAUCCACUUCGUCUUCCUCGUCGUCAUCCAAGCACUCAUCGUCCAAGUCGUCAUCCGCGUCCACUUUGACCAACUCUACACCUGCCAAUGACUCUGCAUCCACUUCGAACGGUCCCAACACGCCCAAGUCCAACAAGAACUACAAGUUCAACCCAUCAUCAUUCAAGACCAUGAAGGGAUUCUUUGACAAUCAAUCGUCGGCUGCUUCAGCAUCCCCAGCCACAGCAACAUCAGCCUCACCAGCAUCAGCGGCAUCACCAUCCAGCAGUAGCGAUCUCAGUGCCAAGAGAAAGAGAGACAGUGGCAGCACAAACGAGGAGACACAAGAUGAACUUGCAAAGGAGCCCAAGAAAUUGGCCAAGAGCUCAGCUUCAAGUGAUAAGCCUGCACCUGCAACAGCGUCAACCAAAUCAAAGCCAUCAACAUCCACUUCAUCAUCUUCAUCAUCAUCAACAUCAUCGACAGCUUCAACAACAAAGACAACAACGACUACCUCGACCACCAGCAGCAAGGCACCAGCAGCAUCCAAACUAAAGAAACCUUGA